UCGUCUGUUUUCUACGGUUUGGAUUUAUCCAAUCAAAAACGUUUCUGUAUUUAACCCACCUGUGACCUGUACUAUACUUUCCCCAUGUGAAGGGGUCGGAGAAGAAGGAAGGAAGGAAGGAGAGCAGCUCAAACAAAACUCUUUCUUUCCAUCCAAGACGACCAACAUUCAAAGAUUGGUAGAAUGAGCAUCGGAGUUGGUUGUUCUUGGGGUAUUUCUUCGGAUUAAAGACUGCAAGGUCAGGCUUGCAUCUACUGGAGAAUUUAUUAGGAAUAAGAGCUUAUGAGUCCUCAGAGUACAUUAAAUACUAGUAAAGCCCUUGAAGGGGUUCAUGGGGUUCAUUUGGUGCCCCAUGCACCUUUCACAAUUGAAGAGAAUUUCAGUCGGUCGUGUGCUGAAGCUAAUCAGACUCUAUUAAUGAAAAACAUAUGGAAGCAGAGACCAGCAUGCCUGAGGCCAGUACAUUGUUGUAGUCUUCAAGGUGAUCGAACCCUCGCAGAAACUGUUGUGAAUGUACUCACGUCGCUUCCUUUUAUUGUCCUCGGGAUGCAGGCCCCAAGGAAAAAUUGGAGUACUAAACUUUAUGCUAAUUCAUUAAUUGGAGUUGGUGUGGCCUCAAGUCUGUACCAUUCGUCAAGAGGAGAGUUGCGGAAGUACUUGAGAUGGGCCGAUUAUACAAUGAUAGCCACCACAACUGUUUGUCUUUCUAGAGCAAUCAGGAACGAAAAUCCUAAAUAUCUGAUGGCUGCGUCUGCACUUUUUCUACCUAUCCAACCUUUAAUGGUUUCCGUUGUUCACACUGGCAUGAUGGAGGUAGCUUUUGCAAAGAGAGCAUUAACUGAUCCAGAUUUAAGGAUGGCCCACAAUGUACACAAAAUGUCGUCACUCUUGGGAGGUCUGCUUUUUAUUGCGGAUGAUUAUUUCCCGAGUACUCCAUAUAUUCAUGCCGCUUGGCAUCUUGCUGCGGCUGUUGGUGUUAGUACCUGCAAUAAGCUUCUUGAGUAAUGUUUGAGAUUUGAUCACCGAAACAUCCCCUUGUUUGAAUCCAUCAGCAGCAUCUGUAGGAAACUGAUACAUACCAGACAAUAACAAGAUUCCUAUCUUAGUUACCCUAGUUUACCCAAAAUAUGGGAAAGCUCCAAAAUUUGCCGAUAUUACCUAGGGGAUAAUUUAUCCAACUGAUUGUUGUAUAGAUUGCCUUCAAUGUUAUAUAUAUUCUAGUAGAAAUUUAAAGAAUGCACCACUCGAACACUAUCCAUA